AUGGUAUCAGAGCACCGGAGCUACGCCGCGGUGGUGAUAUCGGAAAAUCAAAACAACAACAACGGAGGCUCAACAGAACAAGCCGGAGCCGGAGCUUCUUCGAGUCAGAAUCCAAUGAAUGCUGAUCAUGCACAGGAGUUCGACGAUCCUUGGUAUCUUCACAUUAUGAAAAAUCGUAAUUUGAUUCUCGUCUUUCCGCGUUUGUCUGAAGUCAACUAUGCUUCAUGGAGUCGAUCAAUGAGGAUCGCUCUCGAAGUGAAGAACAAGUAUGGAUUUGUCGAUGGAUCCAUUGUCAGACCUGAGGAAACUGAUCGAAGAUUUGCUGUUUGGAAAAGGUGCAACAACAUUGUCUGCUCGUGGAUCCUCAAGUCCCUCAGCUCCACGAUUGCAGAAGGAGUCCUGUACCUUGAAGCUGCAUCAGAUCUGUGGAAUACUCUUAAGAAGAGAUAUUCUCAAGUAGACUCACACAGAAUUGCUGAGCUACAGAAUGAGAUCUAUCGAUGCUUACAAGGUAACCUCUCAAUCAACGAGUAUUUUACUAAAAGCAAUGGUUUAUGGAUGCAGAUGAAUGCUAUGAGACCAAUUCCUGAUUGUGAAUGUAUUCCUAAAUGUUCUUGCACCUUAGUAAGUAAGAUCCAGAAGGAAAAAGAAGAGGAUCAAAUUAUUAGGUUUUUAGAAGGCCUAAGUGAAGAGUAUGAGAGUAUUAAAUCUGCAAUCCUUGUUAUGUAA